CACACCUUGCAGCAUGCUGUAUGGCUAUCAUGGCUGCACAUCAUCACUAUAAAGUGGAUGCUCUCACUGCCACUAUUCUUUAUGCAAAGAAGUCAGAACUCAUAUACCUGAAAGUGAGCAUGUUGCUCCGGAGGCUGUGUUCACGGAUCCAACUGAAAGCCCCAAAACAUUCCUGGAAGACCACCAGGACUCUAUCACAAGAACCACAGGGGAGGCCCCAUGGCAUUCCCUAUGCCCACCGCAGUGAGCUGCGGCACGCAAAAAGGAUCGUGGUCAAGCUGGGCAGUGCUGUGGUUACCCGCGGUGAUGAGUGCGGCCUGGCGCUGGGGAGGCUGGCAUCCAUUGUGGAACAGGUGGCCGUGCUGCAGAACCAGGGCCGUGAAAUGGUGAUAGUUACCAGUGGAGCGGUGGCCUUCGGUAAGCAGCGUCUACGGCACGAAAUCCUGCUGUCUCAGAGUGUCCGUCAGGCCCUGCACUCGGUCCACAGUCAGCUCAAAGACAUGUCGUUACCGGUGCUGGAGGCCCGAGCCUGUGCAGCAGCCGGCCAGAGUGGAUUGAUGGCCCUGUAUGAGGCCAUGUUCACCCAAUAUAGCACCUGCAUCGCACAGGUUCUGGUCACCAACCUGGACUUCUGCGAUGACCAGAAGAGGAAGAACCUCAACAGCACCCUCCAGGAGCUACUGGGCAUGAACAUCGUGCCCAUCAUCAACACCAACGACGCUGUGGUUCCUCCGCCGGAGCCCAACAGUGACCUGCAGGGGGUAAAUGUGAUCAGCAUUAAGGACAAUGAUAGCCUGGCGGCGCGUCUCGCUGUAGAGAUGAAGGCCCACCUGCUCAUCGUGCUGUCUGACGUGGAAGGACUGUACAACAGCCCCCCCGGAACAGAUGAUGCCAAGCUCAUUGACACCUUCUAUCCCGGAGACCAGCAGUCCAUCACCUACGGUACGAAGUCCAGAGUUGGGAUCGGCGGCAUGGAAGCCAAAGUCACAUCGUCCAUCUGGGCGUUACAAGGUGGCACCUCCGUGGUCAUCGCCAACGGCACCCAUCCCAAAGUCACAGGCCACGUCAUCACCGACAUUGUGGACGGGAAGAAAGUGGGCACGUUCUUCUCUGAGACCAAACCGGCUGGUCCAACUGUUGAGCAGCAGACAGAAAUUGCCCGAAAGAUGGGAAGAAAGCUGGCAUCCCUGCACUCGAAGCAGAGGAGCGAGAUAAUCUCCCACCUUGCAGACCUUAUGACUGAAAGGAAAGAAGAGAUCCUCUCUGCCAACAAGUUGGACUUGGACCUGGCCGUCAAUGCAGGCCAACUUCCGCCCGCCAUGCUGAAGCGUCUUAGACUGUCGCCGUCCAAGCUCAACAGCCUGACCGUGGGGCUGCGGCAGAUAGCGGCCGCUGCCCUGGACAGCGUGGGCCGGGUGCUGCGCAGGACCAGGCUGGCUCACAAGCUGGAGCUGGAGCAGAUCUCCGUGCCCAUCGGGGUUCUUCUGGUCAUCUUUGAGGCUAGGCCUGACUGUCUGCCACAGGUGUCAGCGUUGGCCAUAGCCAGCGGGAAUGCACUGCUGCUGAAGGGUGGCAAGGAGGUGACCAACACCACCCGUGUCCUCCACCAGCUCAUCCAGGAAGCCCUCUCCAUGCACGUAGUCAGAGAGGCCGUGCAGCUGGUGAGCUCUCGUGAGCAGGUGGAGGAUCUCUGCCGCCUGGACAAAGUGGUCGACUUGAUCAUCCCCCACGGAUCCUCCAGGCUAGUCCGAGAAAUCCAGCGGGCUGCCAAGGGCAUCCCAGUGCUGGGACACCCUGACGGCAUUUGCCACGUCUACGUGGAUGCAGAAGCAAGCAUGGACAAAGUCAUCAAGAUUGUCCGAGAUUCCAAAUGCGACUAUCCGGCUGCGUGCAACGCCAUGGAAACGCUCCUGAUCCACCGUGACAUCCUCAGGACGCCGCUUUUUGGCCAGAUAAUUGACACAUUGCACACUGAGAGAGUGAAGAUCAACGCCGGCCCAGAGUUGGCCUCCUACCUUACGUUCAGCCCGUCCAAGGCCCAGUCCAUGCACACCGAGUAUGGCGACCUGGAGUGCUGCAUGGAGGUGGUGGACGACAUGCAGGAAGCUGUGGAGCACAUACACAAGUAUGGCACCUCCCACACGGACGUCAUCAUCACAGAAAACGAGGACACAGCUGAGCGCUUCCUGCACCAGCUGGAUAGCGCCUGCGUCUUCUGGAACGCCAGCUCCCGUUUUGCCGACGGCUACUGCUUUGGACUGGGAGCAGAGGUAGGCAUUAGCACAGCACGCGUCCAUGUCCGUGGUCCUGUAGGCCUGGAGGGGCUGCUCACUACCAAGUGGCUCCUGAGAGGGGACGGCCACGUGGCGACCAACUUCGCAGAGCGAGGCACCAUGAAGGACCUCUACGAUAACCUCGGCCCUGGUCAGGCAGCAGAGCAGCAGUCACCCUCUGCCAUCACGACAACAGCAAACUGUUAAUUCAUCCUCCAAAACGCACUACUUACCCUUCAAUCACCAAAGUCCAAAGGGUUCGCAGAUGAAGCAGGAGACAAAACUGGGAUCUUCUCCAUUUGAAACCAUCUGAAAGACUGGAGGUAGAACAGACAGGAUCAAGUGGAGCGCACUUCCUGUUGUGUGAAACAUAAUACAAAAAGUUGAGAAACCAUUUCUCUCUUGUAGCAAGGCUUUGUGCUAAUAAACUUUACAUUGUUACCUUUGAAAUGAUGCCCCAUUUGCAAGGAACGUGCAUUUUGGCAAGAGCAGCAAAACAACAAGUCUUGGAGUCGUGGAAUGCCGUCCCACAGCAGUGGACUGCAGAUCAUCUAUACCGCCAAAAAAUAACAUGAAUGGGUCCUCAUUUAAAUUGGGAAUGAACAGCAAAGAAGCAGAGAAAUCAUCUUCCAGAGACAUGUUUCCACAGCUCUUUUUUAGAGUUUACUUGUACUAAUUUUGGUGGACAUUUUGAAGGCGUGAACCCUUUCUGACCUGAUGUUAAACACUAAAAUGCAUUUAAAAAGCUCACCGUGAAUACAGUAUUUUGAGGUGAAUGAAUUUCUGGGUUUUUCUCCUUAUUUUGGUGGACAUGUGAAGGCUUGGGCCAUUAUUGGGUCGAGUUUAGUUUUUUUUUAAAUGCAAAAAGUCACAAAAUUUGGAAAUACCGUACAUAUAUUUCAUUGGAUCGCAUAUUUGGUGUUCAUUUCUAGUACUUUUGGUGGGUAUUUGAAGGCAUGGGCCAUUACAAACCUGAAAUUAAGUGGGGUUUUUUUUGUUUUGUGUCUGUUUUGGAAAAAAAAAAAAAAACGUCACAAAAAUGGGAGAUACAUGUUUUUCAUUGGGUAUAGUACAGAUAUUUUGUGCUAUUUUUUAAUGGAAAAAAGAAUAAAAAUAAAGUCUUUUUUUACAAUAAAAAUAAAUAAUAUGAAAA